UUGAGUUGUCGUCAGUCGUCGACAGCACUUGCUCCAAAGCACACAUAUCUCAAUCAGGCGCACUAAUUGGCUUCGAAACUCAGUUGUCAGUUGUUUUGUUUUCUCGCUUGGUGUGUGUCUAAAUUCGUGCGAAAUCGACAGCAAAAAAACAAAACAAAAAACAAACAAACAAACAAUGGCAGACGUAUCGCAGCACCAACUUCUUCUGUCCGAGUGCUACCGAGGCUCCAGCCCACGCAGUGCCUCCACUCCCGGUCCGGCGGCUCCCGACAGCCCGGCCAAUUCGGCGUCAGGUCGUUUUUCCGCGUCACCUUCCGUCGCAGCCGCCCUGUUGUCACCAUCGAUCUCUGGCGCUAAUUGUUUCACUCCAAGCUACCACUACUCACCUUACCAUCAUCACCAUCACGCAGUAAGUCAACAUCCAGCAGCUUUGGGCCUGAUGGGUUCGUUCCUCAGCGUUGGAUCGUACGCUCCUUACGCGGCACUUGCUGCCGCAGCGGCCGCAGCCGCUGCCGGUAUGGCCGGUCAUCUUGCCCCACCGCUAGCCCCUCCACCUUUGCUGCAUCCGCUGAGCCGCCUGAGACAAUCAUCACCGACAUCCCAAUCAGUUUCCAGAGUUCUGCCCUUCUCAGUCGAGAACAUCCUAAAGCCGGAAUUCGGUCGCAAUCAUCCGUCCGCAGAAUCGACUUCGACGGAGGCCGCGGAUGACCAGGAAACCAGCCAACCUGAGGUCAAACCUUUAAACAGAGAAUCGAUCAAGAGGACAGCUUCUUCUGCAUCCAUCACGAGCCCUUCGCUUGGCAACAAACGCGUGAAAUCCUCCGUUGCCGUCUCGCCACCGCUGACCAGCAAGAAAACACCUUCCGUUUCAAUUAAGGCUGAUCCAGCUGAUCUCUCCGGACGUACGAGCAGCUGUACCGAUUCCUCUUCAUUUUCAUCCGGCGAGGGCAGCAGCAAUGGCAAAGAUGGCGAGCAGUCCAGUGGAUCCACCGAGCUACCUACCGAUCCGACUAAAAUGACCGAUCCAGCUAAAUGGCCUGCAUGGAUCUUCUGCACCCGUUACUCCGACAGACCAUCAUCUGGUCCUCGAUUGAGACGCACAAAGAAAGACAGGAACGCGGAGGAGAAGCGCCCACGGACAGCUUUUACGUCCGAACAAUUAGCCCGUCUUAAAAACGAGUUUACGGAGAAUCGUUACCUGAACGAGAAGCGUCGCCAAGAGCUUGCCAAUGAGCUGCAAUUGCACGAAAACCAGAUCAAAAUCUGGUUCCAAAACAAACGAGCCAAAAUCAAGAAAACAACCGGACAAAAGAAUCCGUUGGCACUGCAGCUGAUGGCUCAGGGACUCUACAACCAUUCCACUGUUCCAGUUGGCGAAGAAGAUGAAGACGAAGAAUUUUACGCUUCUCAUCAGCAGCAACAAAGGGAGCAGCACAGUGAAUAAAGACGCGUUCGUGUGUCAUCCUUCAAUCAAAAAUAAACGUCUACACGAUUCACUCAUCCAAUUCGCCAAAGAAGAUUUGUAUAGCCUCCAAUGACAAAUGUCUGGCUCUAUUCUAUCAAAACAAUUUCUCCAUUUCUACGUACUUCAAUUUUGCAACAUGAUUAGUAAUGGAGUUCGAUUUCUUCUUGAGGUUCCCAACAACUUUGAUUUUUUGAAAAAGCAGUAUUUAAAAAGUAUUUGUUUGUUUUUUUUCGUGCCAUAUUGUUUUCAAUGUUGAAUUUCAUCUGCUAUCGGUAGACCGACAUAGUACAUAGACCAUAACAAAGCCUAUUUUAUGAUCACAUGAUGACAUGCCCAGUUGGACUUCCCUUCCCUCCUGUUUUGUUCAAUUACACAGAUUGCAAACGUUUUUUUGUUUUUUUUUUUGUUUUAAUAUAAAUCUCAUCUAUUGAUUCCUAUUGUAUUUUUUAUCUUUGACACUUAAAAAGUUCGCAAUAUUUUGUCGCGUUGUCCUCGUAUGUACUCGGCCAUUUCAUUUGUGUUGCACUUACGACAUGCAGUGCUGUAUAUCUGUGAAUAAAUUCUCAGUAUUCCCAACUA